GAACCUGAACAAUUUUCUCUUGUAUUUCAAAUAGUUCUUGUUUACAGCCCAGCUUACAUAAAACACAUCAAUGAAAAGUAGUGGAUUCACGCAAUUUGUCAGGAGAUUUUCACAUUCUUAGCUAUGCAAGUGUAAAAUGUCUGUAGUGACCUUCUCUGCCAUUUUGCUUUUUUGAGUUGUUCAUCUGUUCUUUUGCCACACACAGUAUCAUAUGGCGCCUCAUCAGAUUUUGUGUGGAACCAUGGCAACCAAUGAGGACCUUAAUGUCAGAGGUUUGAAACUACAUCCAACACACAUCCUGAGACACGUACAGUAAAGCUUGGUUCAGUGGGGCCCGGUUUCCAUGAGGUCUACUGGACUCUUUGGGUUGAUCAAGGAGGUGAACGGCUGGAUUAAUGUUGCCACGCCGUCUGUUGUGGGACAUUGAUCCCUCUCCCACUGGGUGUAUGGUGAUCCAUUUUCUGCUUUGAGGUGCUGCCAAAUGGCGUGAUCACUACAAGGUGUCACACCCAGCAACUCUCAUAUGAUAUGCUAUUCACUACCAACAAUGUGCGAGUCUCUGUGUGAAUACUGUAUUUGUAAGUACACAUGUUCUGCGAAUGUGUAUCAUCGUGUGUAACAUUAUACUUCCGCUGUUUGUGUACAAAGCAAACAUGUGUGCGAACAACACUUAAGCAGUGCGUGCACUCAUGGGCCUUAUCCCAUAUCACAAAGAAUAAAGUCUUGCCUUGUGUACAACCUUCUUUAUUUCAUAUCCCUCAGGAGUCAUAUAAUCUGUUCUUUCCAGCCCACCUACCUCAUAAUAACCCCCCGUGUUCUGUCCCUUGUUCUUUAUUUGGGCCACCGGGCCAAUAUAAGGAAGCAGGCAGCCCACAUCAAUCAGUAGUUGGAGCGGAUGGAGUGAAGAGUCAACGCCAUUUCCAUCUUCAGCUUAUUGUAGCCCUCAGUAUGCCUUUCGUUCGCUUAGUUUUCCUGACCACUGUCCUUGCGGUACUGAUGGCCAUGCUGGCCUCCAGCGCACGGACCACACGCUGGCCCAAACCUCAGACCACCAAGAAGCCCCCUCGAGCUGGGAGCAGCGGUGGACGGACCACCACCACAACCCCAUCCCCUUCCAGCAGCCUGCUCACGGACGAGACAACUGAGGCCACAACGGGCGCUUACUCCCUGUCCCCUACAGACAGCACCACAUAUUCCAGUGACACGUUCUCCACUGAGUUCCACACCAAUGCCGUAGUGCCCCCCGGGAACAUCCUUGGAAACUACUCGCUUGACUACAAUGAAUGCUUCUUCAACGUCUGUGAGUGCUGUCCGCCAGAGAAAGGCCCCGUAGGGCCUAUGGGAGAAAGGGGGCCACCUGGACCACAAGGAGAGAGGGGCCCUCUAGGGUUACCAGGAGAGAAGGGAGAUACAGGACUCAGAGGACUUCCAGGACCAGCAGGACUACCUGGAGCCAACGGACUCAACGGCGACAUAGGUGACAAAGGUGAUAAAGGACCCAUGGGUCUUCCUGGUACACCUGGGAUCCCAGGAAAAGCAGGAGAGAAAGGUGAUCCGGGCCCCAGAGGAGAGAAAGGUGAACGAGGCCUCAGUCUGAAAGGGGACCCAGGAGAAAGAGGAGAGCCUGGCCUGAAUGGGACUAAGGGCAGCAUCGGGCCAGAGGGGCCUAUGGGUCCCCCUGGUUUAGCUGGGACUAAGGGUCCGAAAGGUGAACAGGGACCUAUAGGUGACUGUUUACCAGGCGAGAAAGGGGACGUGGGUGAGAGUGGGCCCCCUGGUCUGAGAGGUGAGAGGGGCCCCCCAGGAGUUAAUGGAACUGAUGGUGCCAAGGGAGAGAGAGGGGAGCCAGGGCCUCCAGGAGGGAAGGGGGAUAACGGUGCCAGAGGGCCCCCAGGACCUCCAGGAGGGAGGGGCAUAGCAGGACUGAGAGGAGAAAAGGGAGCUAAAGGUGGGCGUGGGCCCCGGGGCCCUAAAGGCCCACCAGGUGAGAGCGUGGAGCAGAUUCGCUCUGCCUUCAGUGUGGGCUUGUUCCCCAGCCGGUCCUUUCCUCCGCCCGGCCUGCCUGUGAAGUUUGAUAAGGUGUUUUACAAUGGGGAGGGGCACUGGGACCCAACAAUCAACAAGUUCAACGCCACAUACCCGGGGGUCUACUUAUUCAGUUACCACAUCACCGUGCGCAACCGGCCCGUGCGUGCUGCCCUAGUGGUUAACGGGGUACGGAAGCUGCGGACUCGGGAUUCUCUGUACGGCCAGGACAUCGAUCAGGCGUCCAACCUCGUGCUGAUGCAUCUGACUGAAGGCGACCAGGUGUGGCUGGAGACGCUGAGAGACUGGAACGGAGUUUACUCCAGCAGUGAGGAUGACAGCACUUUCUCUGGCUUCUUGCUUUACCCAGACUCAAAUAACAAACCUACUGACGUGGAAAACGUGUGACUGCAACUGUUGACCUUUGAUCAGCCAUGAUUGUAACUUCUUGUAGACCCUGCAACCUUCAGCCUAUUCCACUGCCCUGUCAAAUUAUCUUGUGAAUCAGCUACAUGCUGCUGCUACGCUAUCUGCUCGCUGCUGUCGUGCUAAUCAAACCAAAUGCUUUGCCUGCCUUGCUGUAUUUGGAGAUAGAUGAGGCUUGAUCAUAUUGCUGCAUGCAACACUUCAG